UUAUCGCAGCUUCUGAAGAAUGGCAUCCGUCUGCAAUGCCCGCAAGAAUUACAUGAUCUCAAAGAUCGAAUGGACAAAAGAGCGAGGACGUUCGUGGUAAGCUGAUCUAGAAACUCAAACAGUGUACUUCAACUAAGUGCCAAAAAAAUCUAUUCAAGAUCACUAAAACAAUACAUUAUUCUCUCUUGGACGAUAUUAAUACUUCUGCUUCUUAAUGAAUUAGUCACCUGUUAACCAAAGUCUUUUAUUUAUGAUUCUUGCAGGAAUUCUUCGAAGAAGAGUGCCGGAACGCGGACGGUGGCCGCUGGGUAAUUGCGGAAUCAGACAUUGAUGAUGCCAGAAAUUAUGUUGUUUUACGGACUUUACACGAAACACUAUUACUUUUCGAUGUGGACCUUGGAAAACUGACUACAUAG